GAGCAGUGUAACGGUUACACGGUAACCCGCUUGCGUAACCCCUCUAAAAAUGUUACGCGGAUGAUUGCUGUAAGUUACAACCUGUAACAUGGGUAAGCUGCUGGCGUGGGGUGACGCGCUCUUCCUCGUACGCUGUGAGCUCGGAAAGCUGCAGAUCCAGCGCUUAACCGUCGACGCCAAGGAGAAGAAGGUGUCGCUGCAUCCUUGCAGUGUCGAAGCCGAUAGAACCGCUGCUCUUCCAGUAAAUGCACGUCUUGUGGCCGCCAAAGAAGUGGAGGAUACUGAGCUUGCCGUUCGCUACCCGGUGCUGGUCUUUCACGCUUCAAGAAAGAAUGAUACGGAAUUAACAAUUGACAGUUCACCAGCCUCUCGCAAACGCCGACGGUCCGCGGAGGAAAAGGAGACAUCUGCUUCAAAUGAUGACCUAGUACCACCCAGAGCUGAAGAUCGUUUAUUCUUCUGCGUUUUAUACGAAACGGAGAGUGACGGUGAGAUUGGUUUCAAGAUACUGAACAUGGUGGAAAUUCCAACACAUGUCGGAGCGAGUGAUGAUAAAGCAUCUAGACACGAUUCCAAUUCUCGACAAUAUUUCCUGACGGACGGACCUUAUGUGUUGCUCUUCCAUCACUAUUCGCAAGUGGCGACGGUGUUGAAACUGCGAAGGCGAACACUCGAGGGUGGUGACUUUGGAUUUUACGUUUGGCUGGAGCAAGUGGACGUGUUUCAUCGUAUGGAUGGCGAUGCUGCAACGCCUUUUGAUCUGGUGUCUUGUGUGUACGUGACUGAAACUUACUCUACCAGGCCACAUAUGCUAAUACAUGCUACGAGAUCAUCUUCUGAGGACAGUGGAAUUCACAAUUGGAGUAUCCUGGAUUUAGACGAUGAAGGACGAGAUGGGAUCAACAAGGCAACCUCGCAGUGUCAUUACCUAAGCAGAUUCAGUGAUAUUACGUUGAGCCCAGAGCAAGUUACGUGCUGUUGCUUCAUUUCUGAAAUGGGUGAGUGGGAUUUUACAGCUUCGGCUUUCAGUGAGACAACUGCAAUCUCGUCGUGGGAUAAUGGCCCAAAUACAACUCGAUCUUCUCGAACGGAUAUUGGUGUAUCGACGUUAGUGGUGAUUGGAACCACCACUAAUACGAUAUAUGUGCACGAAAACGGCAUCCUGCUCGCUUCCUACGUGCUACCUACUCGACCAGCUGAAAUAUGCGUUCUAUGUGAGGAUACCGUGAACCAGCAUCACGUACUUUGUGUGCGGUGUGAUGAUGCAAAACGAUCUUUCUUUAUGCUGAGCUUUUCCAGCAACGUACAAAACGUCUCCAUGGAUCUUCUUCUCUCUUUUAAUCACGUAGGUCACGCAUAUACCGGAAACUUUGAUGGCAUUCACGCUGAUGCAUCGGAAUCACCCCAAGUUCUUCUCCUGAAUGACGUCUGUGGGGUAAUUGAAUCGAGUAACUACAGAGUUGGAAAUGAGCUGGACGCCGAUAAAUCUGUUGAUGACGGACAGCUUGUCAAGCGCAGUGUUCUCAUCGCACAGAAACCAUCCGCGACUGAGGUGAAGCUAUCGUGCCAUCGGCUGCGGCUACGUGAAGACAGUAAGUCCAAGCACGGCUCACGUUCCCGUAAGCGCUCUCGUAACAACGAGAAAAGCGGUGGGAAGAGCGAUCCUUCUCGUUCUAAAUCAGAGCCAUUUCACUACAUUGAACGCACCCAAAAGGCUUCGUCGCGUGACGUGAACCUGUUUGAUGACGAGAGCGAUGACCCGGCUAGCAAUUUAGCUGCUUCGCAGGCGCUGCUUGGGAAGCUUGUAAGCUCAUUGUCCGCACGUCUAAACAAUGGGUUACUGGAGUUGAAACGCUUACAAGUGAUCGUGGGAGAUAAAUAUUCGCUGGCUCGUCAGCUUAACCAGCUUAUCGCGCGACAGUGGCAAAAGCAACAGAUAAGAGCAAAUCAAGGCAAAGAGCACUCACUCUUGACGCCACUCAUAUCAGGUCAAGAAACUGGCAACCUCCCUUCAGAAUCCAUAGAGCUUGUCGAUAUGGAAACAAUUGUCAGUGCUCCAAAUGUUACUACAAUCCCCAGAAACGCUGUGAAAGGUAAGGCAGUGGAGCACGCUUCGGGUUCUUCAAUGGAUGAGUGCAAGUUUGGGCUGCAAGUAGCACUGGAACAAUUUCGUUUGCUCGAAUACAUACCGUCGUCGUCACUUAUCUAUGCUGAAGCCUACCUCAAGAAUCUAUCUGACGUAAGACUCGACGACACGUUUGUUGUAUUGACCGCGCCAAGGGGGGUAUCCGCAGAGGGAUGGAAAUGUACGUGCUCAGUGGUUCCUACUUUCUCACCUGCGGCUGAUAGCGCAGCAGGGAGAGCUCGAUUUCAGUUGGAGAUUCAGUUUGCACCAACGUUUUCUUUUCUUCGAGAACGGAAGCCGUUAGAGAUGAUGUUGUGGCUCCAUUGGAGUGCAUCUCGAGAAGAACAAAUGACUCUCGAUUGGCGACCAAGUGAGUCUGCACUUGCUGUUGCACCAGUCAAGGUUUAUCCCGGCGACGUGUUAAGUAUCGGUCGCGAGACACCAACGAAAUGCAAUGACGGUGUUUGGACCAAAGACCAAGAGCGAUUGCUGUUCAUCUCAUCCGGAUCAAAUCUGAGCUCUUUGUUUGCAAAGCCGAGUUUCGGGAUACCCACUUCCGCAGCUUUUGCCAUUCGCCCAACGUUUUCGCUGGUGGAUCUAAACGUGAAAUCUCGCGAAUUAGUGCUGUACGAGUUGAGCAGGAUGGUCGCAAAUUUACCGCCAGACGUAUAUGUGAUGCGCAAUCCGCUCGAACAUUCCCACCUUCGAGCACUGCACAGUGUGUUGCGCUCGACGCGUCAAGAAAUUCUCGCCAGUCAACAGCAAAUGACCAAAGCAAAAGUUAUCAUGCAGGGGCAGCAGAAUCAAAAUACCAAGGCCGCUUCAAUUCGCCGCUCGAUGCAGCGCAAUACAGACCUCCACGCUAUCCGGUUGCUUCAAGAAUUGCAGAAGCGUGUCAACUUUCACACGAUGUGGUUUGACACUACUGCCACAGUUAAAACGUCAGAUCAAUAAACAAAACCGUAAAAGUCUCAGUUUCUAGUUUAAAGUGUAAAAUAAUGGCGGAAUGGUGAAGCAAAAGCUA